AUGGAAUUUGCCAAGAACAUGCGUGUCGUGUUCAAGAUACAUGAAGAUACGAGUACUCGUACUUACAGUAUAGUUCCUCUGGUCGAAGAAGAGUCUGAGAACGCCAUCAUCAAGCACAUCGAGUGGAGAACCGUUGACACAGCUGGACGCUCCCAGCAAAAGGUCCAAUACCUUUUGAGCGGUGCUGACCAGAUGUGGACCCGGAUGAGGGUGAGGUUCAAGCAUGGUGUCCACAACUUCCCCCAGGUGGCCAGGGACUUUCUGGACAAGAAGGAAUGUGAACUGGUGGAAUUAACAACACACUCGUUUCCGUUCAGGAAAGCUGGGACCGACACGGUAGUGUAA